AUGACGGAAGGGGGUGGGGCCGCGCCGGCGGUCAUGACGUGGACAGGGCGCGGGAGGGGGAGGGUUGUUUCGUCUUUCGGCGCGUUCACGAUGCUGUUGAGGACGACGGGGGCCGCGCAGAAGUGGGUCACGCCGAGGGCAAAUGCUGGUAGCACAAAGGGCAGCAAGAGUCCAAGGGAAACACCAACCGUUGCAAUGAAACAUAGGCAAAGUCCACAAGUAAACAGCUCCUUCCGUAAUCCCCCACACGAUAGCAUUACUAAUUGCCAUAACAUAAGCCCCUCGAUGGUGCAAGACCACGCCCUUGGGACUCGAUGUCGUGCCCGAGGUGUAACCCAAAGCAAUGCUAUACCACUCGUCCUCGGGAGGUUUCCACUUGAAUUCCGGGUCUCCGGUUUCUAG